CUGAUCCGCGUACUCUAACCACCACCCCACGUCAUUACUUUGCACUUUUAAUGGUGCAAAAUUAUUAUUGCCAUUCAUAAUUAUAAUAAUAAUAAUAAUCAAUUGUUAUUAUUGUUACUUUCGAUUUUUUUUCAAUUUUAUUCCUUGAUCGUUACGAGUUCUGGACGACGGUGCCUGGCGCUAGCAACUUCCUAGUGCAACCAGCGCGAGUGUGUUUCGCGGUGUUAUCGUUCGCCGCUUCUUAUUCUCCACUCUCGAGUUAUCCGUUGGCAGUGUUUCUUUGACCAUCAGGUAGUGAGCACCGUGACCGCACGUUAACGAAGAGGACCCACGACGAAAUAACUGCGAGAGUCCGUCGACGUCCGGAGAGAUUUGGAGUUUUCCGGUCUCAAGAGUAAUUGGGACACGCCAUGACGGCGUGGAAUUCGGGGCUGAUAUGGUCGGCCCUAUUGGCCUUUCAAUUUAUGAUACCGCUGCCAAUUUCGGAAGCUGCGCCAUUUGACCAGAGUACUGAAAUGGAAACAUACUACCCUGUCGCUGAUGCUACAGGCUGUUAUUACAAUUUCCAACAUUACGAUGAAGGAGAUCGAAUUAUAACAAACGAACCUUGCCUAAAUUGUACCUGUCACAACAGGAUGCUCAUGUGCUACUUGCGAGUUUGUCCAUAUACCAAAGCGAUUGGACAAGACUGCAAAGUAGAAAAACGAGCCGACCAAUGUUGUCCUGUCAUCACAUGUCCUGAAGUUCCUGUACAACUUCUUACCUCAACCGCUUCUCCAUCUACGGACGUCGGUCACCUCAAUCAAUAUGGCUGUUUUAUCGAUAGCCUGUUUUACUCAGAUGGAGCCAGAGUACCUUCAGAUCCUAAUAAACCGUGCGAACUUUGCUACUGCAUCCGAAACAAAACAGCUUGCGUAAUGCAAGAAUGCGAGUUACACAUUCAAGGUUGCAGUCCCGUUUACCAAGAAGGAGUAUGUUGUCCUGUUAGGUACAAUUGCGAGCAUCCUCAGUAUAAUCUCUUGGAAACGACAAGUACAGAACGCACAACCACAACCGGUCUCAUUUUCACCACCACUCUAGCACCAGGAGUGACAGAGUGCAUCCAUAAUGGAGAAGCGUAUGCUGACGGUGCUUUGAUAGAAGGUAUCAAAACGGCUAAACCAUGUGAACACUGCUACUGUAUGAAGGGUGACAUAGUUUGUGCCGUACAAGAGUGCAGUCCCACCCCAUUGGAAAAGAUUAAUUGUACCGCGUUGCCUCCACGAGAGGGACAAUGUUGUCCUGACACCUACGACUGUGACAACAUAAUCGAAGAAGAACUAACCACAAUUUCCAUUGAUUUUACAACCACGAUUAAACCAGUCUAUAUAACCACCCUCAAAUCCGAAGAAUACACCGAAAAAGAGAUACAAGAUAAUAUAAUUACCGAAGAGAGAGGCAGUUUCUUGACUACCCUGCCACCACUGGAGAAAGCAACAGCCGAAGAGACUGGAGCAGAGACAACUCAAAUUCCUGAAAUUGUUUCAGGAAUCACUGAAAAGGAAACGGAAGAAGCAGAAACAACUCACGCUCCAGAAACCGCUCCUGAAGCUUCCCAUACAGCAGCAGUUUCAGAAGUCGCUCCGGAAGUAACGGAAAUUGCUACGGAAGCUAUUCAUCUCCCUCAGGAAACAGUAUCAACAACCGAAACUGAAUCAGAAACAACUCACAUCUCCGAGACUGCUUCAAAAGAAACGAUUGCACCUUCAGAAGAAGUCACAACGCCGCCUCAAGAGGUACCUUCAGGUACAACCAGAGCUCCAGAAGACAUACCAGGAGUAACCCAAACUCAAGAAAAACUAAAAACAACUUCGACAACCGAAAUAACGCAAGGAACAGAAGCUACUCCAAAUGUUACUAUUUCGUCAAAGGAAGAGUCCGAUGAAGCCCAUGGUCUAGAAAUUACUCCUUUGCCGGAAGAAGGACCAAAAACAGCAGAGGGUUCAGAAACAACUCCUGUACCGAAGGAAAAGUCCGAGGAUACGCAAAGACCAGAAACUACUCCUGUGCCUAAAGAAGAACCAAAGGCAACGGAAAGUUUAGAAAGCACCUCUGUAUCUAAAGAGGAGCCAGAAGUAACGCAACAUCCAGAAACUACUCCUGCAUCUAAAGAAGAGCCAGAAAUCACACAAGGUCCAGAAGUCACUCCUGCAUCGAAGGAAAUGCCAGAAGUAACACAAAGUCCUGAAGCUAGUCCUGCAUCUAAAGAACAAUCAGAAGUAACUCAACCUAUAGAAGCUACUUCUGCGACGAAAGAAAUUCCAGAAGUAACGGAAGGUCCAGAAGCUACUUCUGCAUCAAAAGGACCAGAGGUAAUACAAGGUCCAGAAACUACUUCUGCAUCGAAAGAAGUUCCAGAAGUGACGGAAGGUCCAGAAAGUCCAGAAGCUACUCCUGCAAUUACAGAAGUACCAGAAAUAACGGAAGGUCUAGAAAGUACCCCUGCAUCGAAAGAACUUCCCGAAGUAACGGAAAUUCAAGAAACUACCCUUGCAUCUAAAGGAAGACCGGAGGUUACGCAAGCCGCAGAAAUUACUCCUGCCUCUACAAAGGUUCCAGAAUUAACAGAAAGUCCGGAAGCUACUCCUGCAUCGACAGAAGAGGUAGAAAUAACACACGGCCCAGAAACUACUACUGCAUCGAAAGGAAAACCAGAGGUAACACAAGGCGCAGAAACUACUACUGCAACGAAAGAAGUUCCUGAAGCAACGCAAGCUCCAGAAGCUACUCCUGCAUCGAAAGAAGUCUCAGAAGUAACGGAAGGUGCAGAAAGUACUCCUGUAUCGAAAGAUGAGGCAGAGAUAACACACGGCCCAGAAACUACUCCUGCAUCGAAAGGAGAACCAGAGGUAACGCAAGGCGCAGAAGCUACUACUGCAACGAAAGAAGUUCCUGAAGUAACCCAAGCUUCAGAAGCUACUCCUGUAUCGAAAGAAAUCCCAGUAGUAACAGAAGGUCCAGAAGCUAUUCCUACAUCUAAAGAAGUUCCAGAAAUAACGGAAGGGCCAGAAGCUACUCCUACUUCUAAAGAAGUUCCAGAAGUAACAGAAGGACCAGAAGCUACUCCUACAUCUAAAGAAGUUCCAGAAGUAACUGAAGGUCCAGAAGUUACUCUUACAUCGAAAAAAGUUCCAGAAUUGACGGAAGGUCCAGAAACUACUUCUGCAACGAAAUAUGUUCCAGAAGUAACACAGAGUUCAGAAGCUGUAACUGUAUCAAAAGAAGAGUCAGAAGCAACGGUGGGUGUAGAAGCUACCCCUAGUCCGAAAGAAGCAACAACUAAGUCGUUUGAAACCGAAGGACCUAAACUUGUUUCAGAAGUAACUCCAAUUCCAGAAAAAGUUUCACCAGCAGUAACCCCUCAAUUUACUGAGAGCGCCGCAGAGUACACAACUGAAGGCAAAGAGACCUCUGUUUCACCAACAAUACCUGAAGGCGUCUCAGAAGAACAACCCUCAGAAGUUACAGUCAUACCUGAGUCUACUCCAAAACGCCCUGAAAUUGCUUCUGCAGUUACCGAGCAACCGCAACACGUAUCUAAAUCCACUCAAAUAUCUGAAGUAACUGAAGUUUCAGAAACAGGAACUACGUUACCUCCAUCAGGUAAAGAGACAACUAAACCUAGUCAAGAAGUAACUACUGCACCAGAAUCAUCAGAACAGCCACAAUUUGCACAAGAAUCUACAAAAGAACCUCAAAUCGGCAAAAUACCAGAAUUUUCCAAAACAACCAUUAAUGCUGAAGAAAGUGUAACGACAGUUAGUUCUGAAGUUACAUCACCUAUUACUGGAACUUCUUCUGAACAACCAGAAGUGUCUUCGGGGGCAUCUGCUGAGCUUACAACUCAAGGUAUAGAAAGCACGUCAAGAAUUUUCGGAGAAACUGAAACAGAAAAACCGGUAAGCGUUCCAGAAAUCUCAACCGAAGGAAUUAUGCAUAUAAAGAAACCAACAACUGGUCAAGAAACUACUGAGGGUGGUAAAGUGACAGAAGCACCACAAAUCAAAGAAACAGUCAGUACUAGUCAAUCACCUGAACUUGAAGCUACAGAACCAACGGAGGAAGCAAAGGUAACACUGGAAACUAGGGGAGGCGAGGAGAGUGCACCCACUCAAACUACUCAAUAUCCUUCUAAAGUCAAAGCUCCCAAAGGUGAGCUUGGAAUUACCGAACAAACUCCAGAAAUUAUUCCAACUCAUCCACCUGAACCUCAAAUAACCACCGUCUCUGAGCCUCAAAUAGAAAAAGAAGAGGAAGUUCCUGUCCAAAGUAAACCAGAAAAAGAAAAACCAGAAGAGGGAACGGAAAGUCCUAAACCAGAAGAAAUAACUCCCCCUGAAAUUGUAAAAGAGGAAGAAACACAAACUCCUUCUCAAACAGAACAACCACCAAAAGAAACACCUUCAUUCCCGCAAACUUUAGAAACAGUAAGUGUAUUGCCAACUGAAUUUGAACAAAAGACUAAACCUACUCCAAGUGAACAAUAUUUGCCACCUAAAAUGGAGGGUACCACAGCUACUCAAACUGCAACGACUACUGCGGGUAAAGAAGAAGCAACGGAAGGUAUUCCUACAGAACAAAUAACUGAAAAGAAACCACUUGAAGAACAUACUGAAUCUCCACAACAAAUGCAAACCGAGACUUCAAUAGCCGCUGUUUCGUCGCCAGCUACUGAAAAAGAAGAAACAACACAAAGUCGAGAGGUAGUUUCAAAAACAACCACAGAAAGUUCAGUUACGGAGAAGACGGAUGUAUCAUCUGAAGUACAAUCCUCAACAGAGGGGGUGACUGAACAAUAUGUUACAAAACCGGAAGAAGAAAAACCUGAAACUGGUGAAACCCAACAUCCACAGGAGGAAACUACAAAAUCAAUCAUAGAAGAAAAAACUACAUUGAGGCCUGAAAUCAUAACAACUGGUAUCCCCGAAAUUUCUGAAACUGAAACGGAAAGAAAAUUACCAGAAACUGACACAGAGGAAAUACAAACAGAAAAACCAGAAACUGUCACAGAGGAAAUACAAACAGAAAAACCAGAAACAGCAACAAAAUCACCUGAAAAAGUAGAACAAACAACACCUGCAGUUUCAGAAACGAAACCUGAAGCUGAGACAAAGAUUCCAGAAGAAGCAACUAGCGUUGCUUCCACUGAGAUUUCCAAAACUGAAACGCCACGAACGCCCGAGUUAGUUACUGAAGAAAUUAAAUCAGUACGACCCGAAAUGGAGACAAAAGCACCCGAAGAAGUAACUCCUACGGCAGCUACUGAAAUUCCUGAGACUGAAACACAACACAAAUUGUCAGAAACGGUCACAGCGAGACCAGAGGCAGCAACAACUUUCGAAGAACUGCCUUCUACAACUCCCCAGGUUUCUGAAACACAAAAGUCGGUUACAGAGCAAACAAAACCACAAGAACCUGCAGCAGAAACAAAGGUCCCCACAGAAGAAAUUUCGACAACACCUAAAGUUGAAUCAGAAACAAAAUUACCAGAAACGACUAUCGGAGAAGAAAAGGUUCAAGAGACAGAGGCUAAACUUCCUGAGGAACCAAUAUCUACAACUUCUGAAAUUUUAACCGAAAAGUUGCCAGAGGCAGAAUUAAACCAAACGGAACCUACUAUAACCAAGGAAGAAACUAAACAUCCUGAGAUAGCCACAGAAGCAACAAAACCUCACGAGGCAGAAACAAAAGCUCCCGAAGAAUCUACAACGGUUGAAUCACUUACAGAACAACCGACGGCUUUAACUGAAACUGAAAAAGAAAAGCAAACAACCAUUUCUUCACAAAAAGUCCUAACUAGUCAACCGUCUAUAGAAGCGCAAGUAACAGAAGUUAGUCCUGAAUAUGCAACUUCAAAACCUGAAUUGACAACUUUUGGAGCAGAAACUAUUGCUCCAAGCACAUCAGCGCCAAAAGAAACAGAAGAACCCUCACCUGAAGUACAUACCGAGAAAGAAGCUGCAGAAACAGAGCAACCAGCUGAAAAAGAAACUACCGAAAAACCAGCCGAAACUACAUUGAGAGUUGAAGAUCGUUUUUCUGAAGCUAGUACAGCAAGCGAAGAAGAAAAACCUAUCCCAACUGAAACAUCUGCAACCACUCAAGGGCCACUGCUAACAGAAACUCAAACAUCUACUACAUUUAAAUCAACUAGUCCUUCACUGAAGGAGACUGAAACCGAAAAAGCGAUAGCAACUGAAGAAUCAGUGCUUUCUACUACUGUGGAAUUCGAAGCUGUUACUCCCGAAAUAGUUUCAACACAACCUGCACCUACAACGGAAAAGGCCGUGGAAGUAGCAAGUUCAGAAGGCCCUGUACAAGAAUCUGGAAUAACUGCAACGCCUUCUGAAAAAUCGACCGAGCUUCCUAUUAAAAAAGAAACUCCGGAAAAGAAACCUGAAGAAGAAGAACAAUUUUCAACAACAGAACAAUUAGAAGGCACUGUUACUACUAAGCCAAAGGAAGAAACCCAUAAAACAACACAGGAAUUUACAACUAUGGCUCCUAUUUCAGAAACAACACCUUCAGUUGUGGGUGAGGAAACAGAAAAACAUAUUCCUGAAACACAAACAAUUUCAUCGGAGGAAUACCCCGACCAACAAACAAGUAUAACAGAAAUGUUCACAAAAAAAGAACAGUAUACCACACUUCCCAUUGAAACUACACAAAAAACAAUCGAAGAAUUUACUAAAUUACCAGAAAAGGCAGAAGUACCUCAGACACCUGAAAGUUCCGAGAAACCAGAGAGUGUAACUCAACCUCAAGAAGAAAUCGCUACAGAACAUAAAAUACCACAAGAAACCACUCCCACAUCGAGAGUAACAGUCACUGAAAUACCUAAAUUUGAAUAUAAAACGACUGAGACAAUAGAGGGUGAAAAUGUUACCGAGAUUAGUAAAACACAAGCACCCGAAGCUCCUGCGGAAAUAACCAAGCCUACAUCAGAGAAGCCUGAAGACUAUUCAAGCACAACAACAAUUAAGUCAACAGAGGGUGAGGAGAGUACGACACCGGCAGCAGGAGAACUUGCUACAUCGCCUCCAACACUGAAGCCUGAACAUACAACUCUUUCUAAAGAACAAACUACAGAAAUACCUAUCUCGUUAACUUCAGGAAAAGAAGGAAUUACCACUGAAUAUGAACAGGAAGCAACAACAGCCCCUGAAAAAGUAACAAAAGAACCAGAAAUUAGUACUCCAUCCGAAUCUGUUACAAUUCCAGAAGAACCUUCCAUUCUCAAUGAAAUAGAAGGUCCGCAGGAAGUCCCCGUAGUUCCUUCCCAAGUUGAGGAAGAAGUAUCAACCAUUAAACCAACUAAAGAAACCAAAACGCCACUUGCAACUGAAACAAUUUCGACAGGCCUACCUUCAAGAACGGAAGCAACUACUAUCUCAGCCACUGAAGAAUCAAGAACAACAAUAAAACCGGAAAUUUCUAGUGAAACAAGUAAGCCGGAAUAUCCAACAGAAACAGAACGUGGGGUUCCUGGGGAAGGAGCAUGUUUGGUUGAUGGUCAAACAUAUGCAAAUAACUCAUCAGUGCCUCCUGUAAAUCCUUGCCAAUUAUCUUGCCAAUGUAUUAGUUCGAUAUUACAGUGUGACACUUUAGACUGUUCACCGCCACCAUCAAAUCUUCAAAAUUGUAUGCCCGUAUAUCAUGGUCCAGAUAGCUGUUGUCCAACAUAUAGCUGUGCAGUGCCAGAACCUUCAGAAAUCGAAUCUGAAUCACAUAAAAUGGAGUCAACUACCGCUCAGACAGAAAAGACAACAGCAUCUAAGGCAGCUACCACUCCAUCGACUACUAGAUUACCUCAGGAAGUACCAGUAUUUGUAUCAGUGGGUGUCUUACCUCCUGGAUUUGAAAAAUCUUCGGAGGCUCCUGAAGUGGUACAUGAAAAGAAACCAGUUGAAGAGAAACCGUUUGUAGAAGUUCACGUUCCUGAACUUCAAACUGAGGCUCCAUCGGCUUCAGAAAUGCCUAUUGAAAAGGAAACAACCGUACAACUACCAACUUCUGCUGUUCCAAAAGAAGAAAUUUCUACAAGCACUGUAAAACAAAUAACUGAACAAGAAGCAUAUACAACAACUGCAUCACCAUCCAUCACUUCAGAAAAAGCAGCCACAGAAGCUGCGACUACACAAGAAGAGUCCAAAACAACUCAGGAAAAAGCUUCGUCAAAACCAAUUGAAGAAACUGUCAGAACCACACCAACGACCGAAGAAAAGGCAACAACAAAAGCAGAAGCUAUUACAGAAACUCCAGAGUAUGUUCCUGAAAAAGUAACUGUAGAAUUGACUACAGUGCCUAGUGAAAUUACCACAGAAUUACCAGAUAAAUUCACUAAAGAAGGUGUUGAAGUUAGUUUACCAUCUCGAUUUGGAGAAAUAAAUACUACGACAUCAUUACCAACGGAACUUCCACAUGAAAUUUCUACUGCUUUUCCUGAAAAAGAAGGUUCUACUACACUGCCAAAGGUUGAACAGGCAACAACUGAGGCUGUAGAACAAACUAAAGAGCCAGAAGUUACAACUGAAGCAGAUGAAAGAAAGUCAAGCGAAGCUUAUACAGAGCAACCAAGCAGCGAAGUUCCUGAAGUUACUUCAACGAAAGAACGUGAACCUAGCACUGAAGAAGCAGUGACAGCAGCAGAAGAUCAAACAGAAAAACAUAUUAAAGAGGGAACAGCAUUGCCAGAAGAAAAGGGCACUACAGUAUCAACGAUAUCUACAAAACCUGAAGGAAUAACUGAAAAACCCAGUGAACCAAUACAACCUACAAAGGAAGGAUCAACAGAAUUACCACAAUCAAUAGAGAAGGAAACUUUGAAGCCAACCGAAUCAGUGCAGUCUGUAGAAGAAGAAACUGUGAAACCAACUGAACCAGUGGUACCUGAAGAAAAAGAAACCAUAAAACCAACUGAAGCAGAAAAGCCCGCAGGAGAAGAAACAAAACAAUCUACAGAGUUCACUCAACAACCAGAAGAAGAAAUAACAAAACCGACGGUACUAGUCACAGAAGCUUCUACCACUCCAAAAUCAACCUUUGUAUAUACAUCGAAAGGUCCAGAAAUGGAACUUACGACUGAAUUACUCCAUAAACUCACGACUUCUUCCUCGCCACUCUUUACAACCACACAGCCAAGUUUGGAAUCUUCAAGCACUCCUCACGAAGUUCCUGAUUACACAGGGGGACAUGACGAAUAUGAAGAAGAAGGAAGUGCUUUUGGACCAGGAACUUGUCGGUAUGGAGGAAAAGUAUAUGUCUCUGCUCAACAAAUCCCAAGAGACGACCCAUGCGAUUUUUGUUUCUGUUUCCGAAGCGAUAUCAUUUGCUUACAACAAAGUUGUCCACCCCCCAUUCCACGAUGUCACGAAGAACCAAUUCGUGGAUUCUGUUGUCCUCGAUAUGAAUGUCCAGUUUCUAUGGCUAAUUCAAUUAAUGUUACAACAACGACUAGUACAACUACCACUGUGUUACCACCGCAUUUCCUUCCGCAUGCAUACCAAGGAAAGAUAGCAAGAAAAGGUUGUCAAAUAAAUGGACAAGUAUAUCAAGUAGGAGAAGUAGUAAAAUCAACUACAGGACCAUGUCUUCAUUGCACAUGUGGAGGGGAUGGUCAAAUGAAAUGUAAUCCAAAAUCGUGUAGUCCUGAACCAAUGCUUAGGAAAAUGAUUGCGGAAGUUGCCACUAGGAGGAGAAGAUGAGCUUAAAGUGCUGUGUUAGUGACAAUUAGUCACCAAAAGUGAUAAAGUGUGACAGAAACAAUUUUGCUAUUAAAUAGUCGUGAACCAUAAAGUGGGUGCCAAAAUGACGUAAAACUGUAGGUAUUUUGUGCCUUUUAAGCCCUUAUUGGGCACUCUACCAGUGACCGCGUGUGCUUUUAUCACAUGCUAUAAACGUGAUGUUUUCUAAGUAUACCGAAACGACUUAAUAUUUAUAUUGACCUUGACUGAAUUUUUUACACUUUUAUAGUUAUAUUUUUGUGUCGUAUUUUGAAAGCCAUUCACAUCCUCGAAAACGUCUCUCCUCUCGUUGUCUUACGUAGGUACUGCACUAUCUGCCUAAGUUGUUUGACCAGCAGAAAAACUAGCAAGUAGAUUUUAGAAAAAUAGUUUUUGUAUAAAAUAUAUUUCUGCUGCUUGAACGCUUAGACAUUUGUAUAUUUCAAAUGCUCAAUAUACAUAUAGAUUAUGUAGUAUUUAUCAAUAAAAGUAACUAAAAUUAUAAAUGAA